UUGAUCAAAAUAUCAUUUCAGACACUCGAUGGUAUCGAUGCCUGCUUUCGAAACGCCUUCUCCCUUACUCCACCAGUUCGCUGUUAUUCCUUCAUAUUCUUCGCUAUCAUCGCCUUCUUUACUGCCUUACCGUUCACAUUUAGAGUCUUCGAAUUUAUCUCUACGGGUCAAAAGUUUGGAACCAGUGUGAUUCAAGACACUUCAUUCAUUAUUGUUCCUGUACUCACCUUAUGGAAUCUGAUACCUCUGCUGUAUUACGACCUUUACAACCGGAUCGUACGCUUCUACAUCAAAACUUUGAUACAGUCAAUGAACAUGGAACACAGAAAACGUCGCUUUAGUCUAAAGUUCUACUAUGAUCAAUUUCUCAGGAUUACAAAUGUUCAGGAAGAAAUGGGUUGCUUGUUCAAUCCUUUUAUUCUCUUCUCCCUAGCGUGGUCUAUGAUGGUACUGUGCUUGACAAUAUAUUUCAUCACACAACCACAUUCAAGGUAA